UCAGUGGCAGGGCCCGGCGCCCCCUCCUUCGGUGUCGGAGCCGUCGGGUCACUGCUCCCAACCUUCAGCGUCCCUGUCUCAGGCCCCCUCUCCACUUGGAGUGUCACAACCAGAUCUGAUGGCGCAGGCACCGGCAGCGGAGAUGUACCCGCAGGGUACGCAGGAUGUACAACCGCCACCGCACUUGGCGCCAUCUGGCUCUAUCCCAACCCAGGAAUCGUCCUCGUCGUCGUCCCCGGACGAGGCUCUAGCAGACCCGGCACCUAGUCUGCCUACCAUGGAUGCCCGUACGCACCAGGAACUUUUCCGGUGCAUGGCAUUGAAUCUAGCCAUCCCAGUGGAACCUGUCAUUGAGGACACGGAUCCAAUGGUGGACAUCAUCACUGAGGACGCGCCCACGUGGUUGGCUUUACCGCUCAAUAAGACGGUGACCAAGAUCUCAAAGGCCCUGUGGUGGACGCCAGCGACCUUGACCCCUACCUUAAAAGGGGUCGAGAGGCACUAUUAUGUCCCGCACUCAGGACAUGAGCAUUUGUAUUGGCAACCCAUCCCAGGAUCCUUGGUUGUGCAGGCUGCGGCCCAAAAGGACCGGCUCCCUCAGCCUCACCCAUCUCCAAAGGCAAGAGAGCUUAAACGGCUGGAUCUGAUGGGCCGUAAGGUUUACGCCACAGGGGCACUACAGCUCCGCAUCGCGAACCAGCAGGCGAUGUUAAGCCGGUAUGCCUUCAAUACCUGGCAGGCAGUCGAAAAAUUCAGGGAUCGGCUCCCAGCGGAGGACCGCCAGGAGUUCGCAGCCAUUGCUUCCGAGGGCAAAGUCAUCGCACGAACUGCCCUCCAGGCAUCCUUGGAUACCGCUGACUCAGCAGCCCGCACCAUGGAGACCGACGUCUUGAUACGUCGCGUAACUUGGCUGCACGUGUCAGGGAUUCCCCCUGACGUGCAAAAUACAAUCCAGGACUUGCCGUUCGAGGGAAACACUUUGUUCUCGGAGCACACCGACUCUAGGCUCCACACCCUGAAGGACACAAGGUCCACGUUGAAAUCCUUGGGCAUCCACACGCCUGCCCCGCAGCGUCGACAGCUGCUCUAUCGACAGCAGGGGAGAGCACAGUCCCAGGUCCCCCGGUGGAGGUUCCGGGGCGGUUGUGCACCCUCAGGGCGCUAGGAGUCGCCGUCGUCGCCCCAGGGCAGACAGCCAGCGGGGAGGCCCCCACGGCCCUUCCCAUCAGGCCAAGCCUCAAUUUUGACGCGCUGUUAGAGGGUUGCGCACCAGUCUCCUACCCUGGCCCCCGUUUGGGGCCAGGCUAUCCCACUUUGCCCAUGCUUGGGCACUAAUCACAACAGACGCCUGGGUAUUAACAAUAGUAAAUGGAGGCUAUACCACCCCUUUCUUGGGCCGGCCGCCUUCCAACCCCCCUUCCCCAUCCCACUUCAGGGACACCCCUCUCGAACACGUGCUCCUCGCAAAGGGAGCAAUAGAGGAGGUUCCCCCACACCUGUGGGGACGCGGAUUCUAUUCCCGAUAGUUUGUUGUCCCCAAACCAAAAGGAGGAGUCCGUCCCAUCUUGGACCUCAGAGAUCUGAACAAGGCGGUCAUAAAACACAAAUUCAGAAUGGGUCAUUCCAGUGCUAGUUAGGAGACUGGUACGCAACUCUCGAUCUCAAGGACGCGUACUUCCACGUGGCGAUCAGCACUAGCCACAGGAGGUUUCUCAGGUUUCCUGUUGGCCAGCACCAUUUUCAGUUUCCGGUGCUCCCUUUUGGCCUGUCAGUGGCACCCAGAGUGUUCACCAAGUGCAUGGCAGUCGUUGCGGCAUUUCUCCGCAAACAAGGGGUGCACGUCUUCCCGUACCUCGCCGAUUGGCUAAUCUGAGACCGCUCCUACGAGCAGGUGAAGGCUCAUGUGUCACUCACAAAGGCCCUCUUCCUAAAGCUCGGGCUCAUGCUGAACGAGGAAAAGUCGUCCCUGACCCCCUCUCAGAAUCUCGAAUUCGUGGGUGCCCUCCUUCAUGCAAGGGUAGCAAAAGCUUUCCUCCUCAGGAGCAGGUUCCUCUCCAUAGUGGAGCUGAUUUCUGGGUUAACCCGGUCCCCUAUCAAGACCCCUCGGGUCUGCUCGAGGCUCCUGGGCCAUAUGGCUGCAUGCACAUACACAGUACACCACGCCAGAAUGAGAAUGAGACCUCUGCAGGCUUGGUUGGCAAAUGCCUUCAGUCAGUCCUGGGGUCUUUGGGACUCGAUCCUCACAGUGCCCCCAGAGGUCCUAGCCUCCCUACAGUGGUGGACCCAGGAGGCUGUGGUGUGCAGUGGGGUUCCUUUCAAUGCCCCUCCCCCCUUCCUUACACUAGUCACAGAUGCCUCCAACCUGGGCUGGGGAGCACACCUGGGGCAGCACAGGACUCAGGGUCUGUGGUCCCCCACAGAAUGGACCCUCCAUAGAAACAUCCAGGAGAUGCGAGCGGUGAGAAGAGCCUGCGAAGCCUUCCUGCCAAGGCUUUCUCACCACUCGAUCCUGGUUCGUUUAGACAAUACAGAGGCUGUCUUCUACCUCAACAAGCAGGGGGGAGCUUGGUCACCUCCCCUCUGCCAAGAGGCCCUGUUCCUUUGGCACCUGUGUGUGAAACACGACAUUACACCACAGGCGGAGUACCUCCCGGGCUACAGGAAUCUGCUAGCAGACUCUCUGAGCAGAUCCUUCAGAGCCCACGAGUGGUCACUCAAGGACUCAGUCCUGUGCCAGGUUUUCUGCAGGUGGGGUUAUCCCCUCCUAGACCUGUUCGCCUCAGCACACAAUGCGAAGUGCCGGAACUACUGUUCCC